AUGAUCCUAGACCAGAUGUAUUUAUCAGAUGAAGAAAUAACAUGCACGACCUGGCCUUCCAAUGGCGUGAGAACGCUUACACAGUACAUUAAAAAGUGCCGGAUUUCACUUCAUCUCUCGCCAAAUCUCUCUGCUCCUCUCUUUUUUCUCCUCCUCUUCUGUCUGUUUGUCUAUCUAUCUAUUUAUCUAUCUAUCUAUCUAUCUAUCUAUCUUUCUUUCUUUCUUUCUUUCUUUCUUUCUGUUUAUUUUCAUAGUGUAUCUUUCCUUCUUUCUUUCUUUCAUUCUACAUUUACUUUUGUAUAUUUUCUUGUUCAUUCUUUCCUUUGUAGAAUUAUUAUGAAUAUUUUUUUCUUUUUUCUUUUAUUCUUCGUAGCUUUAUUUAACUAUAUUUUUUCUUUUUUCCUUUAUCAUUCUUUUUUCUAUAUUUAUUUAUGGCUAUUUUUCAUUUUUCUACUUUCUUUCCGUUUUUGUAUAUUUUUUAUUCUUUUAUUUCCUUCUUUUUAUAACUAUUUAACUAUAUUUUCUUUUUUCUUCUCUCUCCUCUGCUUUUUAUGUUCAUUCAUGUAUAUUUUUUAUGUUUUCAUUCUUUCUAUAUUUAUGUAUGUCCAUUUUACAUUUUACCUUCUUAACUUCCUUCAUAGUAUAUUAAUCUGUGCAUAUUUUUUCUUUUUCCUUCUUUCUUCCCUUCUUUGUAAAUUUAUAUAUAUUUUUCCUUUUAAUCUUUCUUUUCUUCUUUGUAUAUUUAUUUAUAUAUUUUUUCUUUUUUAUUCGGUCUUUCCUUCUUUGUAUAUUUGUUUAUGUCUAGUGUUUUUUUUCUUUCUUUCUUUUCUUCUUUCUAUAUUUAUAUAUAUAUAUAUAUUCUCUUUUUCUUCUUCUUUCCUUCUUUGUAUAUUUAUUCAUGUGUAUAUUUGUUCUUUCAGUCUUUCUUUUAUAUUUUUUAAUAAUUUAGGUAUAUUUUUCCUUUUACCUUCUUUCUUUCAUUCUUUGAAUAUUAAUUUAUAUAUAUUUUCUUUUUUCUUCUUCUUUCCUUUUUUGUAUAUUUAUUUUUGUAUAUUUUUCUUUCUUUCAUUCUUUUUAUUUUAUUUAUGUUAUUUAUGUAUAUUUUUGUUUUCCUUUUAUCUUUCCUUCUUUGCUUCUUCUUUUCCUUCUUUUUUAUAUUUAUAUAUUUUUUUUCUUUUUCCAUUUAUUAUGUAUAUUUUUCUUUUUCCUUUUUCCAUUCUUUCUUUGAGUCGUUAUUCAUGCAUAUUUUUCGUUUUUCUUUCUUUCAUUCAUUUUUGUAUAGUUAUUUAUAUUUUUUCUUUUUCUUCUUUCUUUAUAUCUUUUAUAUUUAUUCAUAUAUAUUUUUAUUUCCUUCCUUUCUUUCUUUCUUUGCAUAUUUACUUAUAUAUAUAUAUUCUUCUUUCUUUACGUUUUUCUAUAUUUAUUUAUGCAUAUUUUUUACACCAUUCUUUCCUUCUUUGUCUAUUUAUAUAUGUUUAUUUUUUUCUUUCCCUUAUUUCCUUCCUUUUUUUUACAUUUAUUUAUGUUUUUUUCUCUUUCUUUCUAUCGUUGUACAUAUAUUUACGUACAUUUUCAUUUGUUUCCUUUUUUACUUCUUUUAUUUACUAUGUAUAUUUUUCAUUUCUUUCUUUCCUUUUUUGUUUUAUUAUGUAUUUUUCCUUCUUUUAUUCCUUUCUUUUAUAUUUAUUUAUAUAUUUUUCUUUUUCUUUCUUUCUUUCCAUCAUUUUAUAUUUAUUUGCGUAUAUUUUUCUUUUGCUUCUUUUAUUUCUUUUUGUAUAUAUAAUGCAUAUUUUUUGUUUUUUCUCCUUUUUUUUUCCUUUUUGUAUAUUUGUUUAUAUUUAUUUCCCUCUCACCUUCUUUGUUUUCUUUUUGUAUAUUUAUUUUUUUUCAUUUCUCUCUUCCCUUCUUUCUUUGCUUUUUGUAUAUAUGUUUUUCUCUUACAUACCUUCUUUCCUUUUUGUAUAUUUAUUUAUAUUCAUUUUCCGCUUACCUUGCUUUUUGUAUAUUUAUUUUCCUUUUAACUUCUUUCUUCUUUUUUUGUAUAUUUAUUUAUGUACAUUUUUUCUAUUUCUUUCUUUCUUUCUUUACUUAUAUGUAUAUUUUUCUUUUUUCUUCUUUCUUUCCUUUUUUUGUAUAUUUAUGUAUAUUUUUCUUUUACCUACUUUCUUUCCUUUUUUGUAUAUUUGUUUAUAUAUAUAUAAUUUUUCCUUCUUUCUUCCUUUCGGUGUAUAUUUAUUUAUGUAUAUUUUUCUUUUUUCUCCUUUUACUUUCCUUCUUUAA